CAUGUUCAGUACGUAAUGGACCAAUGAGAGGUUGAUCACAUGAUAAGUCAAGCCGUGAAUGUUGUUAGACAAAGUCUGUUGCUAUUUUGAAUGUACAGUAAAAACUUACAGUGUGUUCUCAAUAUGUAUAAGGACUGUUUCGUUAUACUAUUCUAGCCUAAUCUUAAUAUUUGAGUACAAUUUGUAAAACCGAAAAGUUUAUUGUUUUUGUUAUAUUUAAAAGUAUUAUCCUUAUCUUUUUAAGGUAGUAAAAAUUAUAGGUUCCAUGGCAUUUCCACUUAACGAUCAAGUUUAUACAAAAUCCUUCACGCCUAGAGAAUAUCAAGUAGAAUUAUUUUAUACUGCCAAAGAGAAAAACAUAAUAAUUUGCCUGGGUAAAAAUUAUGAACAAACCUUUAUUGUCAUAAAAUUAAUUCAAGAAUUUGCUACUAAUAAUAGGAGAUUAUUAAGUGAUGGAGGAAAACGAUCAUUAUAUAUAUUGACAGACGUAGAAAAAUAUAAAAUAAAAGCAAGUUACAUACAGCAAUUAACAGAUUUAAAGGUAUUGCUGUGUGACACUUGCUUACAAGCAGAAUUUUCAGAAAAAUAUGAAACUUCUCAUGUAUUAGUCACAACUUCCAAUGUGUGUGCACAAUUAUUAGCAAAUAAAAAGAUCUUACCACAUGAGAUAAAUCUAGUCAUUGUUGACGAGUGCCAUAAAUCUAUAGAUGAUAGCAAAUUAAUAUUCAUUUUGCAAAGGUUUUUAUCAUGUAUCAAUGUUCCUAGAAUUAUUGGAUUAGCGGUACCAUUGUUUAAUUUAACUCAAGAACCUGGAAGAUUAGGUCUAGAAAUAGAAAAAGUAGAAGCUACAUUUCAAUGCGAAGUUGAAACAGCUAGUGAUAUAUUGUCUAUAUUACGCUAUAGUCCUAAACCUAAAGAAUAUGUAGUGGAAUUUUCUGAAAGUGAGAAAGGAGAAUUGCAUAAUACAAUUGAAAGUUAUAUAUUACAUGUUAUUGAUUUCUUACGUGAUCAUCGUCAUGACCCAACGGAAAUAUAUAAUGAAGAAUUUUAUGAGGACAUCAAAAAAAUACCUGAUCCGACAGAAAGACCUAUUGAGAUGAUGCAGGACUUCUUGCAUGUAUUAGAAACACUUGGACCAUGGUGUGCCGAUCGUGCUGCACUUGCUCUUUUAAUUUUAACGGAAAAACUAAAAAUAAAAACUCCUUAUGAAAGACAUUACCUGUUAUUAAAUAUGGUAGCAUCUGUAUUUACGAAAAUACGAGCUUUAUGUGACAAUGCUUUUGAAGUUUUAACUGAGAAAGAAAGAAUAUAUAAAUACACUACACCAAAGGUUCAUCGAUUACUGCAAGUUUUGAAAACUUACACUCCAUAUUAUGUCAAGGGUGGAGAUAAUGUUUAUAAUAAAAUGAAUAAAGAAAAUAAUUUAAAAAAUUUAUCAGUAAAUAACAAAGAAAAUUCUUGUAAGGAUAACUUUGGACAAAUUAAGAAAUCUGAAAGUAAUUGGAAAAGUAAUGAAGAAAAUUAUAAAAGGCCACCUAAAUCUCAACGUCACCUGCGUGGAGUUACAGAUCCCGAUUUACUCUGUGGAGUGAUCUUUGUGGAUAAAGCAUUUAUAGCAAAAAUAUUGUUCUAUUUGUUACAUGAAAUUUCUAUACAAGAUGAUCAGUUACAUUUCCUCUCACCCCUUUAUACAAUUGAAAGAAAUCCAGAUGACAUUGGUUAUUCGAAAGAUUUAGAUGUGGAGCACAGAAAACAAGAAGAAGUUUUGAAAAGAUUCAGAAUGCAUGAGUGUAAUUUAAUGAUUUCAACUUCAAUUUUGGAAGAAGGUAUUGAUAUUCCAAAAUGCAAUUUUGUAAUGCGAUAUGAUUUUCCAAAAACAUACCAAUCAUAUGUACAAUGCAAAAGUCGAGCAAGAGCUGUGGAUGCGAUACACGUAAUAUUAGUACCAAAACCAACUUCGAAAGAGUGUGUAUGGCAAUUAGCACAAUAUCAUUAUAUAGAAAAGAUAUUAUUGAUGAAGUGUUCCAAUAAUGAACCUACUGAAGAAGAAGAAAACGAAGCUGAUGCAUAUGCUGCUAUGAUACCACAAUAUAAACCACUCGAAGGAGAUGAUGUACCUGGAGUAACUUUCAAUUCUGCCAUAUCAUUGGUAAACAGAUAUUGUGCAAAAUUACCUAGUGAUACGUUCACGAGAUUAACACCAGAGUGGUCCAUUUCCGAAAUUAAUAUAGACAAUGUGCUUAUGUAUAUAUGUUCUUUGCGACUUCCUAUAAACUCACCACUUAAAUAUAUUAUAUCGUCCUAUCCUAUGCCUAAUAGAGCUAUGGCAAGACGGAUGGCCGCACUACAGUUGUGCAUAGAUUUACAUAGGAAAAAUGAAAUAGAUGAUAAUUUACUGCCCAUCGGAAAAGAAAAUUUUAAAGCUAAACCGGAAGAUGCAGAAGUACCUGCUCUUCCAGAUGAAAGUAAAGUGGAUUUUUCCGAAGCUCGGCCUGGAACAACUAAACGUAGACAAUAUUAUUACAAAAAGACAGCUGAGGCGUUAACGGACUGCAGACCAAAAACAGGAAUUCCUUCCUACCUGUAUCAUAUUAAAAUGGUUUUGAGUUGCCCUUUACCCGAAGAACAAAAUACCAGGGGUCGACGUAUUUAUCCUCCCGAAGAAUCAGCUAUUGGUUUUGGCAUUAUAACAUUAAAAAAAAUUCCUAAGCUCUGCCCUUUUCCAAUCUAUACUAGAUCUGGAGAAGUUCAUGUAAAGUUAAAACUCAGUAAACAAACAGUAGUUUUAAAUGAAGCACAGAUCGAGAAAAUUGCUACUUUUCUUAAUUAUACCUUUACAAAUGUAUUAAGAUUACAACAGUAUUUAAUGCUUUUUGAUCCUAAUGCUUCUGAAAAUUCUUAUAUGAUUGUACCUGUAAAAUUAGAUAAAGAAGCAGAUGUAACAGUAGAUUGGGAUUUCUUGGAGUGUAUAUAUAAAAAUCGAAAUUCAGUGCCAAUGAAGGUUCCUGAAGAAGUCAGAAAGGAUUUUAAAUUUGAUGCAUUGAAAUACCAUGAUGCAGUAAUUAUGCCAUGGUAUAGAAGUCAGGAUCAACCUCAGUAUUUCUAUGUGGCUGAAAUCUGUUCAAAUUUAAAUCCCAAGUCUUCUUUUCCUGGAGAUGAUUAUAGUACAUUUGAAGAAUAUUAUCUUAAAAAAUAUGAUAUACAAAUACAAAACGUAGUUCAACCUUUGUUAGAUGUGGAUCAUACAUCAGCUAGGUUAAAUUUCUUGACACCUAGAUAUGUAAAUCGGAAGGGCGUUGCUUUGCCUACUAGUAGUGAAGAAACAAAACGCGCAAAACGAGAAAAUUUAGAACAAAAACAAAUUCUCGUUGCCGAGUUGUGUGCAAUUCAUCCGUUUCCAGCUUCGUUGUGGAGACAAGCAGUUUGUUUACCUUGUAUUUUAUAUAGAAUCAAUGCCUUAUUAUUGGCUGAUCAAAUACGAUGUCAAGUUGCUCAAACUAUAAAUUUAGGAUGUCAAAAUUUAGACGCCGAUUUUGAAUGGCCGGCGUUAGAUUUUGGAUGGAGUUUAGCAGAAGUAUUAAAAAAAUCAAAAGAAUCGGACAAAAAUAAAGUUCCGAAAACUGAAACGACAUUACAAAAUUUUGUAUAUAAUAACGUUGUUGACAAGAAGAUAGAAAAUAUAUCUGAAAAUAUAGCAGAUCCUUUGAAUAAGUGUAAAGAAAAAGUAACUGAUGAGACUUGUGAAUUUCAAUCAGUAAGUAAAAAUGUAACAGAUAGUGAAUCGCAAAUAUCAAGUAAUGAAAAUGAAUUUGAAAUUGGUACUUGGUCAAAUGAUAUGGCCGUGUCCCCAAUAGAAUUUGAAACAAAUGAUUUAAACACAAAUGUUUUGUCGAAUGAUUUCAAUUGGAACGGCGUUCGAUAUGGUUCCCCUGCUUGUGAAUCGGAUUUCGAUGGAUAUGAAUCGGAUGAUAUUUAUAGUGAUGGGUUUAAUGACACUUCAGAUGAAAGUGAAGAUGAAAAUAGAGGAUUACGAAUAUCCUAUAUGGGGGAAAACGUUGCAGAAGCUGUUGAAGAUGAAAAACAAAUAACUAAACAGGAAAUUAACAAAAAGAUUUUAGAUUUAUUAGAAAUCGAGAAAAGAGGCGAUGACAGCUUAUGGACGUAUACAAAAAAGAAUGAGGAAUCAUUAAUUGAAAAGUAUAGACAAUCUCAUUACGAAUUUACUAAAAUUAGAGAGCAGGAAUUAAUGAAUAAUGAAUCUUUUAUAUCUUGUAAUAAUGAUGUUAUAAUUACAAGGAAAAAUAUAGUCAACACAUUGCCCGAGGAAACUAAGCAAGAUUGUAAACACAAAACUUAUAUAGAAAAAAUUGUGGACAGAUUUAAAACAGAAAUAUUAAAUAAAACCAUUAGUUUGCAACCAAUAAAAAAAGACUUCAAUAAAAUAGACUUUACACAUGAUCCAGACAGUGAUCUUUUUAGUUUUGACUUUCAACCUGAAUUGAAAGAUCAUCCAGGUCCAAGUCCAAGUUUAAUUCUGCAAGCUUUAACCAUGUCCAAUGCAAAUGAUGGCAUUAAUUUAGAACGUUUAGAAACUAUUGGAGAUUCAUUUUUAAAAUAUGCUAUAACUACAUACCUCUAUUGUACAUACGACAAUAUUCAUGAAGGCAAACUUAGUCACUUAAGGUCUAAACAGGUCAGCAAUUUAAAUUUAUACCGAUUAGGAAGACAAAAAAUGUUGGGUGAAAGUAUGAUUGCGACAAAAUUUGAACCACAUGACAAUUGGUUACCUCCUUGUUAUUAUGUUCCGAAAGAACUUGAACAAGCUUUAAUAGAAUCUGGUAUUCCUUCUAGUCUUUGGAAUCAAGCUGACAUUCCGACCCUACAAACUGUAAAUCCCACUGAUAUAACUCAACUUGUUAGAGAAACAGAACAAAAGUUGGGCAUCAUGAAGAGCGAGCUUAAUCGUAAUGAAACCAUAAUUUCAAACAAUUUGGACAACUUACGUUGUUUUAUACCUUAUAAUUUAAUCACUCAACAUAGCAUUCCUGAUAAAAGUAUCGCAGAUUGUGUGGAGGCAUUAAUCGGGGCAUACUUAAUUGCUUGUGGUCCCAGAGGUGCAUUGCUUUUUAUGGCUUGGUUAGGAAUUCACGUUUUACCUACAGAAGAAGUUACUGUAGUACAAGAAACCGAACCAAAAGAAAGGAUUCCUGGUAGUACGCCGUAUAUAAAAGAAAUAAAUGAACAAGGACAAGUAACAUGGACUCAGAUCCGUUAUGGAACAUUAGAAGAACCUCAAAAUCCUUUACUUCGACACAUUCCAGAGCCAGAACAAGAAUUGAAAAUGAUGCUUGAUGGUUAUUGUGAGCUCGAGAAGAGCAUAGGAUAUAAAUUUCGUGAUAGUAGUUAUCUUCUGCAAGCAUUCACUCAUGCAUCGUAUCAACCCAAUAGACUAACAGAUUGUUAUCAACGCUUAGAAUUUCUUGGAGACGCUGUUUUAGAUUACUUAAUAACAAGGCAUUUGUAUGAAGAUGCUAGACAACAUUCACCAGGUGCUUUAACAGAUUUACGAUCGGCUUUAGUUAAUAAUACUAUAUUUGCGUCGUUGGCAGUUCGAUGUGGAUUUCAUAAAUAUUUCCGUCAUCUUUCUCCUGGUUUAAGUGCUGUUAUAAAUCGUUUUGUUAGAAUUCAAGAAGAAAAUGGACAUUCCAUUAGCGAGGAGUAUUAUUUAAUCGGUGAAGAGGAAUGCGAGGAGGCUGAAGAUGUGGAAGUACCAAAAGCAUUAGGAGAUGUUUUUGAAUCAUUAGCUGGUGCAAUUUAUUUAGAUAGUGGUAUGUCUUUAGACGCUGUAUGGGGUGUUUACUAUGCCAUAAUGAGGAAUGAAGUUGAACAAUUUAGCACUAAUGUUCCUAAAUCUCCAAUUCGUGAAUUACUGGAACUGGAGCCUGAAACAGCGAAGUUCGGAACACCUGAAAAGUUGGCCGAUGGACGUAGAGUUAGGGUUACGGUAGAUGUUUUCGGCAAAGGUUCCUUCAAAGGAAUCGGUAGAAACUUUAGGAUUGCAAAAUGUACCGCAGCAAAAUGUGCUCUCAGAAAACUGAAAAAGAUGCAAAGUUAUCCCCGGGAAAAACUAUGAUAAUAUGUACAUCAUUAAAAUAAAAUAAGGAUACAGGAAAUCAAAGAAAAUUCUUUUAAUACUCUAGAGACAUACAUUGCAAUGAAAAUAGUUUGAUAAAUAUAUCCGUGAAUCUUUAAUACAAUAGAAAGAAUUGUCAUGUGUUUUUAAAAUUAAUAUUCGAAUGCCUCGUAGCGCAAUUGCGCUUCAUCUAAAUACGUAAAACGGUGCCACUAUAUUUCAUUAUAUCUUAUUAGAUAUAUGUGUAUAUUUACUAAAACUCAAUUGUAAACAAAGAGAAGUCACCACUUGUAGCAAUAACUUUUUAUAUAAUAGAUUUUUUCAAAGUGGUUUAGUUUGAAAUAUUGGAACCAAUGAUACACGACUUUUAAAUAAUAACAUAUUUUAAUUUAUAAAGCAAUUCAGAAGUUUCCUGCAGUAUCCUUUAUUAAUAUUCAAUUGAUAAUAAAGUGCUCUCACUUUCUAAAUCAAAAUUUUAUUUGAAAGCGAAAAUGUAAAAAGUCCUAGAUAUAUUUUAAAAUGUAUUAAGGGAUAAAACUAGAAAAAAAUAUUCACCUCAUAAAGCCUCGCUUUACAUUUUACGCACCGACAUUUGUCAUGUUCAGCACAUGUUAUUAAAACAUGACGCAAAAAUAGAAGGCAGAUAAUUGAAAUUUGAUUUCAAAAUACAUAUUACUUUGUAUACGAAUUAGUAGUUGUUCAUUUUCUAGAAUUAAAUGAACUACAACUAAAUAUAUUAGGAUCAUUUAUUAAUUUUUAUUCCUCCUUUUGUAAAAAUGCAUAACAAAUGUUAAACAAAUGUACAAUAAAGUUUUUAAUUUACAUAAAUAUAAACAAA